AUGCCGAAACGGGAUGCAGCGCCCCAGUCCCGAGUAGAGGAGCUAACGGCGGCGGUGGGAGGCAGCCGGGAGCUCCGCCUGCUCCCGCCCCCGCCCCCGCAGCACCCCCUCCUUCUCUCUCCCGCCCUCCCACCCCCGGCCAUCCCCGGCAGGGUAGCGGAGGGUGCCUGGGCCAGCUGCGCCCCCGUCUCUCCCUCUGCCUGCCGGCGUUCGCACCGCGCCGCCUUGUUGACGAAUCCGCCAAUUGUCCUGGGGCCCCGGCUGUGCCCCCCCACCCCCCAGGUCUGGGCUCUCCAGCCGGCCGGCCCUGCCCUCCUCUUUCCACCCUCCCCGGCCCUCGGCUCCUCCCCGCCCCCUCUGCCCGCCCGGGGACUGCAGACUGAAGCCCCAGCCUCCCCGGAAUCCCCCUCCUCCGGCGCAGCCCGGCCCGGCCCAGCCCCCUGCCCGCGGCUCCUGGAAGAUGCCCCAGUGGGCACGCACUCCAACAGGAGGGAGCAGCGGCGGACAAGCCAAAAAGCAACAGAGCGGCUGGUCCUCCACAGGCUUGGGCCCUACGCAGUGAUGACAGGGAAGCGGCCACCUGGGCCUCUGGACCCUGUGAUUUACAAUAAGUUGGCCCUCCUUGAGGCAGAUGCUGGGCACAGGCCACCUGCUGGGAUCUGCAAGUCAGCAUCCCUUCCUGGCCCGGGCAGUGAGGGCCAGCUGGGCUACAAGGGCACAUAUUUCACCUACCCCGUGGGGAGCCCUGGAGUGGGCCACGACAGCUUGACUGGAUGGAAUCCCCACAUGUCCUAUGGGGGUGUGGUGGCUGGGCAGUCCCUGCAGGCAGACAGCAUGCUCAUGAACUGCCUGUUGUACCAGCGGGAGGCAGAAAACGUUCAACCUGUGGAGAAGGGGCGGGACCACGCGAUGAGGAACCUGCUCCUGGCCCAAGAGAAGUGGGCCGGCCACCUGGAGCAUCGUAAUCCGCUACUGCAGGCCGCCCGGGGUUCUCCAUACCUGGGCAUGAAGGGGCCAGGGCCACCGGGCUGUGCCCCUCUGGCUGCACCCAAACCUAUCUAUCGGAACCCCAUGUGCUAUGUGGAUCCAGGCUAUGGACCGCCGUCGUGUUUGGCACUGGGGACCCCAGGGGCUGAGAGCGGGACCAAGCGGCCUCUGGACAUGGACUGGACGGUUGCUGCACCCUUAUUGCCUCAGGCCAACUCCCACUGCUCCUUAGCUUCAGCACCCAGCAAGAGUCAACACCUGGAGGCCAGCUUCCUCUCUUUGCCGCAAACCGGGGCACCGGGCAAGGAACCUGUGGCCAACCUUUCUUCCUACCAGGCGACCCUGGACAAGUACCGUGCCAUCCGGAGCGCCCUUUUCAUGGACUCCAAAUAUCCCACCCCCUAUGGAGGGCACAAGAAGGCAGCCGAGGGACUCCCAGGCUCCUGGCCAAAGCUGCCACAACCCCCAGCACCCACCUACCAAGAGCGGGCAGCCUCCCACUACCCACUAGCACUGCAUGAGCAGCCUCUGCUGUACCCACCGGGAUACCCGCCCCCAGAGAAACCUCCCAGCUCUGUGCUGUCCCUGCAAUCUCCCAGCCCCUACAAGGGUUUCAGCUAUGGGGGAAGUGGGCUACCAGGGACCUACCCCCAGCAGCAGAUGGUCCGUGGGCCCUGUGUCCCCUCCUCCAAGCUGGAAGGCUGUGCCUAUCCCACAGGCCCCAUUCAGGUGAGCUCUCCUGGCCUGAAGGCUGGGACAGCUACCUCCCAUGAACCUGAGCCGCCCCCUACCCCCAAGUGCCAGCUAGACUUCAUUUCUCAGACACCAGGUUAUGCCUUUGCUCCUCGAGACAACCUGUCCCUUUAUGGUCCGGCCCUGGGGGCUGGAGGGAUGUCACCCGCCCAGGAUGUUUCCCGGGGCAAGCUAGGAGCUAAUCAGCAGAGUGCAUUCCAACUUGUAUGUCAGCACACGGGAAACGGGGGGCCGAACCUGAACACCGGGUCCCAGAGGGAGGCCUCUUGUCCCAUCUCCCGCCCCAGCAAGACUGAGAAGCCCAGGCAAGAAUCCGAGGACAAGAAAUGGUUGUAUAGCUUUGGGAAGGAAGAAGCCAGACCCAGGCCUGGGCUGGAAGAGCAUCCCAGUACACCCAUCAUCAUUCCAGACAGUCCUGCCCCAAUGACGCCACCUAGCUUGGGUCCCCGGAAUCUACUACCCUCCCCCAGGGAGCAUCCACAAGCCCUCAAGCAGAAGGAGGCAACCCCUCCUCCUGGAUCCCCACCCAUGCCCAUCAUCAACAACGUCUUCAGUUUGGCACCCUACAGGGACUACCUGGACAAUCGAUGUGAGAAGGUGCCUGAUCUCCCCCUGUCCAAGGCCCAGACCCUGAGCACCACGUGCUCCCUGGCACCUUGCCCAGCUGCAGACUCUGAGGCAUACAGUGAGCUGCCCAAGGAAGUAGAGAGCAAGGAUGGGCAUGGCGAGGAGAGUGAGGUACUGCUACUUCCUACAUAUGGGCAGUCCCAAGUGGAGUCUGGGGCUCAUCCUAGCAGCCAAUGCCCACCCAAGGAGGAAGUGGCGCUGGAUUUGAGCCUCAAGAAACAAUUGGCUGAGCUCUCCACCGGGGUUCUAAACCAGGGGUUGCCCGCUGAGCCUGCGCCAUGCACAAAUGCGGCAGAAGCUAAGCAGGCUGCCCAGGAGCAACGGCCCAGGCUGCCUGCCCCCCCUCCCCUGGUACCUGCUGUAGUUGAGACUGUCCCAAGGACUAGCUUCCACAGUUCUGUGGCUUUCAUGUUCCACAAGUUCAAGAUCCUCCGGCCAGCGCCCUCGAGCACCAUCACCCCUACCCCUGCCCCUGCCCCUGCCCCUGCCUCUGCCCCUGCCCCUGCCCCUGCUCUUGCUCUUGCUCCUGCCCCUGCCACUGCCCCUGCUCUUGCUCCUGCCCCUGCCCCUGCUCCUGUCCCCACCCCUGCUCCUGUCCCUGCCCCUGCUCCUAUCCCUGUUCCUAUCCCUGCCCCCACCCAAUCUGCCAGCCUCCAGCUCCUCACCCAGCCCGUGCAGGUAACCUGCUUGAAUGUGACUCUGCCAGAGCCAACACCUCCUGCACCUCCUGUUGCAUCUGAGCCAGCCCCUGCUGCAGGCAAGGCCAGCAGGGGCUCAGAGGCUUCUCCCACCCAAGUGGGCAGCACUGAACAACAUUUCACAGGCCUCCACAUGUCUCUGUGUGAAGCCAUUUCUGGCUUCGUGGCCCACACAUCACCAGAAAGGCUCCGGGAGUGGCUGGAGGAGACUGAAGAGAGUCCAUCUCUGUCACUGCCACCAUCCUCCUCUGCAGCCAAGGGCCAGAGCAGGGCUCGCGUGGCCGAGGGGCGGGCCCAGGACACGUGGCUGAGCUGUGUGGGUGUCAAGGGGCUCUUGGCAGAGCUGCUGGCCCAACUGGAGACGUUCCUCUUCACCCACAAGUGUCCCUUUCCCCAUGUGGUGCGUGCAGGAGCUAUCUUUGUCCCCAUCUACCUGGUCAAAGAAAAGUUGUUCCCCCGGCUACCUGGGUCCUUAGUGGACCACGUGCUCCAGGAGCAUCGAGUCGAGCUACGCCCCACCACACUAUCAGAGGAGCGGGCUCUACGGGACUGUGCCCUGGACGGCUGUACUUCCCGCAUGCUUAAACUCCUGGCCCUACGGCAGCUCCCAGACAUCUACCCAGACCUGCUGGGCCUGCAGUGGCGGGACUGCAUCCGGAGACAGCUCGGAGAACAUAACAGGCAGAGCCCCCAAGCUAAGGCAGAAGCUGCUCCCUCAGAAGUCUUCAAGUUCCGAGAAGUCAGCCCAGUCUGCACCACCUUGGAGCCCCGGGGCCCCAAGACCAAAAAGAAGAAGAGGGGGACCCCUGGACCAUGCUCUGAGGAGUGUGAACAGCCAGGAGCCACCCCUGAGAUGGAGCCUGCACCAGAUACAGCCUCAGCGGCCAAACUUCAGGGGGAGGCCGAAGGCCAGGCCCGCCCUGGACUCCCUGGCUCCGUGCUCCGUGCCCGCUUCCAUCGCCUGCUGCAGGCCGCCUGGCAGGAUGGCCUACCACUGCCCACAGGCAGGCGAAGAGGCCUGGCGCAGACCCAGCCCCCACCCUACCCGGAGCUGGUAGGGUAACGAAGCCAGGCACCAAGUUGAGGUGUCAUGGCUGGGCAGGAACCAAAGGUCUGCGAGGUCCCUCCCGAGGCUGAGUCGAAGGUUUUAUGUUCUAAGACUGUGCUUGCUGUCGCUUGGCUAAGACAUGAGCCUCAGGUCCAGUGCCCCCUGGAUAUCCGGGGGGAUGGCCCGGGACCUGGCAACCUGCCCCGCUGGCCUGCCAAGGCUGAGUGCCAGCGUUCCAAUGAUGCCCUGCCCUUCCCUCCCCGCUCCAGUCUGCGCUUGCCUUCCCCCCUCCCCCUUUUGAAGAGCAAAGACUGAGAACGGAAGGCCCGUUCUCCCUGCUUUCUGUCCCUCAGGACUUGAACCAUAGGCUGGUCCUCUUCCUUUCCCUUCCCUCCCUGCUCCUCUUUGGCUUGCUACCUCCUCUCACUAGCCCCAGGCCAAGUCUUUCCUGCAGGUAUCCCCUGCUCCUCCUUGGCCCUGGGGUGGAGACAAGAGCCCCAGGUACAAACCCCUCUACUGCUUCUGCCCCAGGCUUGCCCCGACUUCAGGUAGCAUGUGGUGAGGGGGGAGCUGCCAGGCGCCCUCCUAAAGCACAAAACCCCUCUCCCCUGCCCCUUCUCCACACCCUGCCCUGUGGAAAACAUUGGCAGACAAUUGGGCAUGAGGGUUUGACCCUGCUUUCUGGCUGGUUAAGUCCUGGGUCUGGGUAGGAGUCUGCUUAGUGACCUAUUAAAGGAAGGGAUGCUUCAGAAGCUGAGGCGUGCCCCAACACUGAGGAGAGCAACUACCUUAAGUGGGCUUCUGGCCCUUCCUCAGACCCUGAACAGAGAAUGAGGUUACCCAGGAUGGCCCGUCAGCCUCCCCAGUCCUGGUCUCAAUUCAGUUCCAUUUCCUGGGGAUUUAUUGUGCCAGGUGCCAUCGUCACUGGGGAAUACAAAGGCAAGAUUAAUCAGCCCCUACACUUCAAAAGCUGUGGGGACGUCCUGCCCAGAUGGUACACCCAUCAGGGUGUCUUGUCCUGACCCCAAGUCAGCCUCUGGCACCCUCCAACACAGGGAAGGAAAAGCUGAGACAUUUCUAAAGCUGUUUGCCACUAGAAUUCCUGAGAAAUGCUCUCUCCUAUGAGCAAUCGGCCCUGGGGAGGGCGCCCCUCCCCAUCAGCGGUGUCCAAGACACAUUCCUGCCUUCAGAGGCAGGGCUGGCCGAAGCUCUGUCCACCCAUGAUGACUGGACAUGCCCCAGAGACCUAUACCUCAGGCUUGGUCCCAAACAUCCCCCUUUAGUGCCCCGGCCACAGGAGGAACAAGAAGGGGUUCCCUCUCUGGAAGUUGGCCCUUAAGAAUCAGCACACAUUAAGGAAGACCUCCACCCCCACCUCACAGACCCCACAGGCAGCCCAGCCUGGCUCUCUGCCCCAGAGAAGUGACGCUUCCCCUCCCUGAAGCCCGGGGCUGCAGCUGGGGCUUCUUUCCUUGUGUGUGUACAGUUUGUACAGUUCUCAGCCCAAAUCAGUCCCUUCACUAUUUAAUGUUUUGUAAGGAGGCGGCCAGCCCCGGUGGCAACUCGCCAAUAAAAGUUAUUGGAUUGUUUUGGAAGUGGUGGUGGUCGUGAUUUGGGAAGGGAGAGUGCUAUCCUUAGCUGGGAGGCUUCUUGUUGGUUAGGAAAAGGACCAAUCCAAAGAUCU